GGGGCUGGGCUGCGGCUGUCUCUGGGAAGGGUCUCGGGUAGCUAAGCAGAGAGGGCUGCGGGAAGGAGUGACGUCAGGGUGAGUGGGAGCCCAGGAAGGGGUGUGUGGGAGAUCCGGGAACCAGAGAGGACGGAUCCGACCCGGUCGAGGGAGAAGACAGGACAAGGAGAGAGGGAAGAGGAAGGAGAAAGGAGGGCCAGGUGGAGAAGGGACCCCUGCUGUCAGGGGGAGCUGGAAGAAAGAGACCCAAAGACCGGGCAGAGAGGGAAAGGGAGGCAGGAGCGGAGUGGAGGGAGGAGAGACGAGGGGACAGUGGGAGACUGAAGGUGGAGAGGGAGAGGAGACUGCGAGAAGGAGAAGGAAGAGAGAGAACUAGAGCGAUCUGAGAGUGGAGACAGUCAAAACAGAGAAGGAAAAGGAAGAGGAGAGAGGGCUGGGGGAAGGGGAAAAGGUCUGCUGGGGAGCCUGCAGGAGAAGAGGGAACAGGAGUGGGCAUGUGGAAGGGAGGGAGCCAGGAAGCAGCCAUGGAGGGGACAGGUGGAGACCUGGGGGGGCCCGGGAGCUGGGGUCUGGAAGACGCAGGAGGCCUCCUGGCCAGGGCCUCUCUACCCAUCAUGUUGCCAUGGCCGCUGCCCCUAGGCUCCUCAGCGCUCACUGUGCUCCUCGGAGCUCUCACUUCUCUGUUCCUUUGGUACUGCUACCGCCUGGGCUCCCAGGACCUGCAGGCCCUGGGGUCUGGGAGCCGACCUGGGGGUGUUGGCGGGAUGCCUGAUGUGUGCUCCCAGGCCGGCCCGAGGGGCUCUGGGGAUCCUGGAGAAGGACCCAGGGCAGAAGGUCUAGUGAGCCGGCGGCUUCGGGCCUACGCCAGGCGCUACUCCUGGGCUGGGAUGGGCAGAGUGAGGCGGGCAGCUCAGGGAGGCUCCGGCCCCGCAGGAGGGACAGGGGUCCUAGGCAUUCAGCGCCCAGGCCUACUUUUCCUGCCAGACCUGCCUUCGUCCCCCUUUGUGCCACGUGACGCCCAGAGGCAUGACGUGGAGCUCCUACAGAGCAGCUUCCCGGCCAUUUUGCGGGACUUUGGGGCUGUAAGCUGGGAUUUCUCAGGGACGACUCCUCUGCCUCGGGGCUGGUCCCCACCCCUGGCCCCUGGGUGCUACCAGCUCCUGCUAUACCAAGCGGGCAAGUGCCAACCCAGCAACUGCCGGCGGUGCCCGGGAGCCUAUCGCGCUCUGAGGGGCCUGCGCAGCUUCAUGAGUGCCAACACCUUCGGCAAUGCUGGCUUUUCUGUUCUCCUGCCUGGGGCCCGGCUGGAAGGCCGCUGUGGACCCACCAAUGCUCGGGUUAGAUGCCAUCUGGGCCUGAAGAUCCCCCCUGGCUGCGAGCUGGUGGUUGGUGGUGAGCCCCAGUGCUGGGCUGAAGGGCACUGCCUCCUGGUGGACGACUCCUUCCUGCACACGGUGGCUCAUAACGGAUCCCCUGAAGAUGGACCUCGAGUGGUCUUCAUUGUGGACCUCUGGCACCCCAAUGUGGCCGGGGCCGAACGCCAAGCUCUUGACUUUGUCUUCGCACCCGACCCCUGAAAGAAGUUGUCCCCUUCCAGCUCCAGGCUGGAGUGACACUGCACUCCAGGACAGUUUGAGUGAAGGUCAGGACCUCCUCUCCAACGGGAGGGGCAGGAGGGUGUGGCUCGCUCAGCCAGCACUGAAAUACAACUUCUGAACCCUCUCCUAACCCCUGACUCCUUCCUUCCCAGUCCCAGUCCCAGUCCCAGUCCCAGGCUAGGGCUUGGGGCAGGGGCUCAUGUUUCUC